UGUUCGAGGGAGUGGUUUGGUAGGUCUGACUCUGUAAUCUGAAAGAGGCUACUUUCGCUCUUAGGUUUUCUUUUCUGAGACGACGAGAUGAAGCCACACGGCGUCAAAGGAGAUAAGCCUCUCUGUAGGCAUCACCACCAAAGCUUUUGGCCUUCAAAUCUGUAAGUGCUUUGACACUUACAAGUGUAAAUCCAAGUGGCCGUUGAUUUCUACAAGAAUGUGAUGAAUGAGGCUGCGGUGGAUUUUUUUCCCCCUCUCUGUCAAGAUAAAUGCAAUUUUCAUUCAAUUUCAUCAAAAAACUAAAAAUACAAAUAUUUUUUUCCACUGUUUUUCCGGACUUGAUAAAUAGAUGUUUAAAAUUGCCUACUCCCAGCUUUUAAAAUGACCCAAACUAUAACCUACAGCAUAUAUACAGGCUCAUGCAGUGAAAUGGCGGAUGGAUUUACUAUCAUCGUUAACAAUGUGACCGCAGAUCUUAACAACGAGGAGUGUAGGAUCCUCCGAUACCUUUGUACAGAUUUGUUCACCAAUAGCUGUGUGGAAGAUUUGAGAGGAGCUUUGCUGGCCUUUGCCAAACAGAGACAGAACCAAACGGGCCAAUCUCAGGCUGGUGAUGCCCUGCUGAUGGAGCUCAUGUUCCGAAUGAAGCGCUUUGAUGUCCUAAAGAAAGUUUUCGGCACCAACAGACAACAGGUAGAAAGAAUUCUGCAGGAGGGAAGGGCCCUCUCAGAUUACAGGGUUCUAAUGGCAGAUAUGAAUGAAAACCUGGACAAAGAGGAGUUACAAUCUCUUAUCUUUCUCCUGAACAGUAUCCUACCCAAAGAAAGAAUGGCUCGAGCUACCAGCUUUCUAGAUGUGGUGGUGGAGUUGGAGAAGUUAGAUGAAGUUUCUUGUGAUAAGCUAGAACUGCUUGAACAUUGUUUGAAGAACCUUAAAAGAAUGGACCUUGUCAAAAGGAUUCAGGCCUACCAGAAAAGAGGUCAGAAUGUACAAUGUGCAGUCCCAAAAGUUCAGAAUUCCUUUAAGUUCACACCUGGGAAGUGUCAGUCUUCUGUCAAACAAGUGAGACGAUCACAAUGCUGUUCUCAAGAGUUUAAAAAUUUGAAGCUUUCGGUGCCAGAAACUGGUACACAACAACAACAGGCUUUUGUGAAGGAGUAUCAAAUAAAUCCUGAGCAGAGAGGCCUUUGUGUGAUAAUUGACUGUGUUGGCUUUGAUGGAGAGAUGUUGAAUCAGACAUUUGAGCGUCUGGGUUUCAGCGUCAUUUUCCAUUCUCUCCUGGGUCUGAAAGAAACCUGGAAGGUCUUGGAAGACCUGACUCGUAACCGGAGCAUUCAGAAGGUCAACCGCUUCGUCUGCUGCCUCAUUAGCAGGGGAACGGACACUCAUCUGUUGGCUACAGACUCGAACGGCCUGGGCAUCAGGCUGGAGGAUCUCAGGCAGCUUUUCAGCCCAAACCAGUGUCCUUCACUUGGUGGGAAACCCAAACUGUUCUUCACCCAGAUCUACUGGACAACAGAAGCCCCUCCAACACCCUCAAUGGAUGAUGAAUACCUUGAGACGGAUGGACCGAAAUGCCAUUCGGCUAGGCAGUGUGCGGACAAGAGGACUGUCCCGGUGUCAGCUGACGUCCUUUGGAGCGUGUGCACAGCAGAGGCGAAACUGCUGGAAGAUUCUGCCCACCAGUCGAUUUACCUGCAUGCAUUACACACUGCCUUAUUAAGGGGGCAUGAGAGAAAGAGCCCUUUAUUGGACAUCAUGACGGAGGUGAAUAGAAACGUGUUUAGUCACAAUCAGCAGAAUCCUGAUAAGAAGUAUCAUCUCCAACUCUCUCAUACACUACGGGAUACUCUUCACUUGUAACACGUAAUGUGUGCUACACAACACAUUCGGUCCCUUUCUCGCACAGACACUCUACUUGUUUUAGAAUAGAAUUGUUAGUGCACAAAAUAGAUGUACACCUAGCUGCAUACUGCCGUAAUCGAUGUUCUCAUUGUAUGUUUUUAUUAAUUUAUUAAUAUUUUUAUUUAUUUGUGAAACUUCAUCACGGUUGCAGCUAUUACUGUGUUCUGUUUCAGUCACAGUGCUAAUGUCUCAUUUAAACUAAGUGAAAUACCUUCAGUCAUUAGUCAAGCUAAAUGAAGUUUAUCUAUAGCACUUCUCAAAAUGCUUUGUCAGAGCAGCUGAAAAUCAUAUACUAUAAAGAAGAAAAGCACAUGUGGCAAGUAAAAAUGAGAUCUUUUAGUUACUAAACUUGGCAUGACAAUUAAUGUACAUGUGAUUAAAUAUAGUCAUAUCAUAUGUUGUAGUAAUAAUCAUGUGAUCAUUGAAUAUAUCUUUAAUAUGUAUGACUUAAGACAGAAUAGGCUGUCUCCUUAUUAGUCACGCUAAUUUUCAUUAAUUACAAAAUUAGGAGUUCUGCAUGGAUAAACUGAACUACUGGUAUUCCUAGAGAAACGUAGUUUAGCGUAGUAAUUCUUAGUGUAUCCUCUGUAUAUUUAUAAUAUCCAAUUAAACACCGAAUAUGAAGUUAUUUAAACAAAUAUCUAUUUCUCAUUUAAUCACUUGUCAUAUUUAUGUAGCCUAAUUUAUAACCCCCUUUCUUAUCACCUCAGAGAUAUAAGUAGCCUACUAACUGGUCUUGUGGAAUUUCAGUAAAGGAACUAGAUGAUUUGUAUUUGUAAACAAUGAAUGAACGGAAUGUGAAAAAAGUGAUUAAAAUAUAAUUUGUUACGCUUGGCUGGAAAAAAAAUAGUAUUAUGAUUAAUGUCAUUAGCUCAAUUUAAGAAUACACUGACUUUGUGUUUUACUUGCGAUUCUACAAAUAAAAGACCAGAUUUGAUUACGUAGAA